AUGCUCUUCAACGUUGCUUUUUUCGCCUCCGCCGCCUUGGCUGUGAGCGCUGCUAACGAAUGGCAAGCCCCGGCCUCAUCUGAUCGCCGAAGCCCUUGCCCCAUGGUCAACGCGGUUGCCAACCAUGGAUACCUCCCCCGUAACGGCCUUAACAUCUCCCUUGACGAUUUGAUCGUCGCUUUCACCGAUGCCGUCAACCUAGACCCAGCUGCCACGACUCUUGUCGGCCUGAAGGCUUUGACCACUGGAAACAACGUCACAUUCAAUCUCGAUGAUCUCAAGAAGCACGGCGUUAUCGAGCACGAUGGCAGCUUGAGCCGUGGCGACAUCUACUUUGGCGACAACAUCAGCUUCAACGAGACCAUUUGGGAGUCAACAGCCGCACAUUUUACCGAGUCUACCAUCUCUAUCAAGACUGCCGCCAAGGCGCGAAAGGACCGCCUUGAAGCCGCUGCUGCUGUCAACCCCGAGUUUUCGUUACCCGCCUCUCAGGCUCAGUUCAGUUUCAUUGAGACUGCCCUUUACCUGUCUGUUUUCGGAAACACCGAUGAUGGAAAUGCCAAUACCGAAUGGGUCAAGACUCUCUUUCAAGAAGAGCGUGUGCCUUUUGAGGAGGGUUUCAAGAGGUCCGAGACGGUGGUCACUGCUGCUGGUAUUCUUGGCAUGGUCGCCAAGGUGGCUGCCGCCAGUGUCUAG